CGAAGAGAGAGGUAGCUCUUGAUGUGGUUGGUCAAAGUGUGGUUAAGCGGUUAGUUUUGCUGGAUUUGGUUUCGGCUUCCGAACGUAACUGGUAAACCGAGAUUUGCUUCCCUGUUGUUCUCUUUUUGGUAUGAGAAGGUUACGCAAACUCAAAAUUUCGUUAUUGCAAUGAAUGUUAAAGGUACCGAUCGAAAUGGAUGCGAAAGAUACUAUAUGGACACUCAUUCGAGGUCUUGCCAACGAAGUUGGAGUUUCUGUCACAACUAACAUAGGAAUCUAAAUAAGAGAACAUCGUGAUGAAUAGGAGGACAAAUAAACUUUCUUUAGUUUUAUUUUUAGAACUAAUUUUGUUUGUUUCUAUCUUGAUACUGCCUUUCUGUGGAAGUGUGCAAGAAACUAUUCUAUUGGAUGCCAGCCCUGCUGAAAUUAAGCAUUUGCAAUUACCUUUUAAGUCUGGAUAUGAUGUUGGAUAUUCGAACAAGGAUUAUCGAAUAAAAGUAAAGGAUAGAGGACUUCUAAAACGUCCUAUUAUUCCUGCUGAUAAGUAUUUCCAGAUAGAACCAUCUGAUGCCAUUGAUGGGACAAAAUACUCACAGCCUGCUUUAGACUAUCGUCAACUUGAUUCAUAUCAGAAUCAAAAAGUGCCUUCAACCACUACUUUGAAAGAUAAAUUAUCUACCUUCCACACUCUAUAUCCUAGCCAUAAAAUUUCCACGGAACAAAAUCUUUCACCACUCAGUACUCCAAACAGUUCAUCCAAACCUCUGAGAGAUCUAAGGUUUUUGGAAGGCAUAUCUAGUAAAAAUCCUCUUAUAGCCGAAUCUUUUUCAGGAAAAGAAAAUGUGACUGCAGAAAAUGAGUUAAACAUGCCUCUAGCGGACAGUCCAGCAAAUGAGAAUUUGUCUUCAGAAUAUUUUGAAAAAAAUAAUUUUACUGAUUCAUCAUCUAAUUUGCUUUCUGUGUCAUCUGAAACAGUUCUGAGUUAUGAGAAUCCAUCUAGCAAUUUUGAGAAAGAUGUAUCUAGAUUUGUAGUUCCAGUAAAAAAAAAUUCAGAGCAUGCUGCUGAAAAGAUUGUGCCUAGUCAUACAGAAAACCCAAAGCCCAUUUAUACAGGUACUAAUCUUUCUACAUUAUUCCCUGCAUUGCCUAAAAUGGCCACUGAAUCAUCUGUUGUUUUAAGUACUCAUCUGUAUAUUGAACUAAUCAAUCAGACAUAUUCAACUGAAAGCAGUGUGACUACUACAGUUCUUUCAUCCAUUGAUUACGAUUUGGAAAAUAUCUCUAGCAGUUCACCAUCUUUUGAUAAUCAAAGCUUAAAACUUUCACCAGGUGUUAUUGCUGGAGUUGUGAUUGGUGUCCUUGUUUGUGUUACCCUUUUGUCUAGUGCUGUGAUAUACCUCUUAUACAGGAGAUAUAAUGGCAAAUGUACUAGUGUAGUUGAAGGCAAGUUUAACUCAGAUAAUUGUGGAUAUUUAGAUGACAGUUUACGUAGCAGUAUUUAUUUAAAUAAUCACAUUGAACUUCCAAAGGAAAGCUCUGAAGAGAUGAGUUCAUUGGAUAAUGAUUCAUUUUUAAAUAGCCUAGAAACUAUGACUAUACAAAAUUAUUGGGCUGAUAACUCAAAAAAUACAAAAGUGUAAAUAAUUUUAUAAUACAUCUUUUAUUGGUCUUCAUAAGCUUUCAAAAUUUUUUGAAGUAUAUAUUUGUAAUAUUGUGUUUUCUUAAGGAGAUUUUAUGUCCCUUGCUCAUAUGACAAAUAGAAUCCAUUCUGUAAAAUAUUAGUCAAGGGACCACAUUACCUAUCAGUAUUUUGAUAUUUAUUUAUUUUUUAUUUAUGAUUACAAGUGUCUCAAAUUAUUUUGCUUGAUUUUUACAAAUUUGAUUUUCUGUUUCAAAAUAUCAUUUAAUGUAAUGUUUUUUUAAAUUUAUUUAAAUCUCAUUACACUAGUUUAAGUUGGCUUUCUUUCAAAACAAAUUUAAUACUAUAUGUGUAUACUAUUAAAUGUAUAAGUAAUUGGUCAGUAUGAU